AUGCCUCGUGCUAUCGAUAAUAUUAAACCAUUAACAUUCACGUGUAAUUAUGUUUAUUCUAUUAAACGUUCCCUUGAAUAUAAUACUAUUGAAGUUCUUCCAAACAUAACGCAUUUGAAAAUUACGAUUGGUAUUCGACAUUCUAUAACAAGAACACCUUUUAUAAUAGUUCGUUCGAAGCAUAAUAAUUCCACGACUCUCUCUAAUUAUGAUUGA